UGAGUCAGCGCGGGGCGGAGCGGCUGAGGGCGGGGCUGUGGAGAGGCGGCUCUCGGGGUGGCGGUGGGGACCGUAGAUAAGGCGGGCAGAGCCGGCGGGCGAGCUGCUGAGGCCUUUGGUGACUCUGCCAGUGCUGCCUUAGGUAGCAUCUUAAGCAUCCAUUAUCAAAAAUGAGGUGCUCUGUGGUAAUUCUCGGCCUGUUUGUGGUCCUUACAAGUGCCCGUAAUGUUCCAUACUUCCCUCCUCUCUCUCCUGACUUAGUGAACUAUAUCAAUAAACUCAAUACCACAUGGAAGGCUGGACACAACUUUGGCAAUGCUGACAUGAGUUAUGUGAAAAAGUUGUGUGGCACCUUCUUGCAUGGCCCCAAACUGCCCGAGAGGUUUGAAUUUGCUGGUGAUUUGGUCUUGCCACAAAACUUUGACUCAAGGCAACAAUGGUCAAACUGCCCAACCAUUAGGGAAAUCAGAGACCAAGGCUCUUGUGGUUCCUGCUGGGCUUUCGGUGCAGUUGAAGCCAUGUCAGAUCGGGUUUGUAUCCAUACUAAUGGCAAAGUGAAUGUGGAAAUUUCUGCUGAAGAUCUGCUCUCUUGCUGCGGGAUUGAAUGUGGGAUGGGCUGUAAUGGAGGUUAUCCUACAGGAGCAUGGAGAUACUGGACUGAAAAAGGCUUGGUGUCUGGUGGGCUUUACGACUCACAUGUUGGCUGUAGACCAUAUUCUAUUCCACCCUGUGAGCAUCACGUCAAUGGGACUCGACCCCCAUGCACUGGAGAAGGUGGUGACACCCCUGAAUGCAUCAAAACAUGUGAAGCUGGUUAUUCUCCUUCAUACAAGAAAGACAAACAUUAUGGAAUGACUUCUUAUAGUGUCCCUGGCAAUGAGAAAGAAAUAAUGGCUGAGAUAUACAAAAAUGGACCAGUGGAGGGAGCCUUUACCGUUUAUUCUGACUUCCUCAUGUACAAAUCAGGUGUCUAUCAGCAUGUCUCUGGUGAACCUGUUGGUGGCCAUGCAAUCCGAAUUCUUGGCUGGGGUGUUGACAAUGGCACACCGUACUGGUUGAUAGCUAAUUCCUGGAAUACAGACUGGGGUGAAAAUGGCUAUUUCCGAAUCCUCCGUGGGCAAGAUCACUGUGGAAUUGAGUCUGAGGUUGUAGCUGGAAUCCCUCGCACAAGCCAGUAUUGGAAGCAGCUGUGAUAAUCCUGCCAGCUGAAUGGCACAUGAUCAUAUACUUAUGAAGAUAGACAUGAUGGCAAUCCUUUGCUCUAAGACAUUUUAGCUGUCAGGAUUUUUUUAAAAGCCUUUAACAUUUUUUUUAAAGAAUACAAUACAGAUGUCACUAGGAGGCUGUCUUUUUGUCUGAAGCAUGAGGCUUUCUAAUUUUUAUUCAACAAUUUUUCAUGACUGGCAAGACAGAAUGGUAAGCACGUUGAGAUGAAACUGGCUGUAUUAAAUGAAAUACCUCUAAAGGAAUCAAAGUACAUUUCACUAACAGAAGAGCAUGAUUAGAAACAACCUUAACCCCUGGUUAAGAUGUUGAGGAUGCUGUUUGCAGUGGUAUUUAAUUUUACCUUCUGCAUAUUGAUGCACCACCCAUCAGAUAAGAGUGUAGGAUCAUGGAAUCUCAGGGUUGGAUUGUUUUGAGUUUAAUCCUUAGUAAACAUUGUGCAAAGUGGUAAAGAGGAUUCUCCCCCCCCCCCUUUCUUUCUCAUACAAACACUCACUUUCAGGAAAAA